AUGGAUCGGAAAAAACAAUUUAUUAAAAAUGAUUUGCAUUAUUUGAAAAAAUUCGAACUUCGAAGAAAUAAACCUGAAUUUAGAGGGUUGACCGACCAACAAAUCACAAAGAAAUUACGUUCAAGGCAUUUAAAUCAAUUACAAAAACAAUUCUGGGAAGCUAAUUAUAAGAAUCCGAAUUUUGACUUAUUAAAAGAAUUUCCAUUAUGGUUAAAAGGAAAUAAAUUAAUAAAAUUUACACCGUGUUUUGAAGGAAUGACAUUACGACAAAUAAUAUAUUUAAAUGAAAAAGAAUUAGAACAAAUUGGUAUACAUAGAUUUGCUGCUAGAAAGAUCUUAGUGGAUUGCUUUAAAUUUUUACGCAUUGCUUUGGUAGGAAUAAUACCGCGAGAGGAUCCAGAAAAUCGACAUCAUCCAAAGAAUCAAAGAUUUCUUGACAUGACUGUCACGAGAACAUGUUUGAAUGACUCGAUGAAGACAGAGAAGACAGAGAAGACAGAAUGA